CCAUGUAUUGUUGGGUGAUUACAUGUCUAAUAUUGAACUGAAGAGGAAGUCGGGUCAUUGUUUGUGGAAAAGCUAAUGGUGGUAUAACUAUAAUUGUUCCAUAUAUCUUUGUUUCAUGCACUACGUCACCUGUCUAUUGUGUUACAGCUACAAUACAUCAAAAGCUUGGAUCAAUUUGUCAGGUCAAAUAUGAUUGGUCAUUUAACACUUGCUAUGAUGCGGGCACAGGUAGCAUUUGUAGUCUUUGUUUCUUUGUCUCUUGGGAGUUUCACUUGCUGGUUGAUUAUUUUUGGUCUUGCAUUUUCUUCUGUGUUUUUUGCCAUGGAACAGAACUGGCCGUUGCUGGACUCAGCUGACCCUUUAGAUGUGGUGUACGCAGAAUAUUUUCAGUGAAUAAUGUCUGGUUACAUCAGCCACAAAAACAAGCACAGAGUUGAGCUGGGGAUACCAUGUGGUCUAUAAAUCAUCUCACUGAAUUAAGUAAUUGCCAUUUAAUUCAGUUGUUUUGAAUUUUUUAAAACUGCUUUUGUACUGUGCUUCCAUGUGGAAAUGUGAAAUGGUCUGGAGGACUUCUGGCAUGGGAAAUAUCUCUGAACUCUUUAUUAAGCAAGAUGAUCAUGUGCCUAUAAUAUAAUAUAAAUAUCACACUGCAUGCAACUGUUCUCAUGUUUAAAAACUUAUCUUGAAGAAGGAAACCAGGGAAUAAUUGUUAAACACUUAAAGAAGAGGAGAAGAAAACAAGUGUUGAAAUUACUAGUUUUGUAAUAUGCGAUGUCAUUUUUUUUAUGCUGAUGUUUCUUCUUGAAAAGAAGUGAUUGCUUUGCUUUGGAAAGGAGGCUGCUAGGACUAGAAACUCGGCUUUCUGGGAAAACAGUAUCAGAGCAUUGGAAGCCAGGUCAUAUAUAAAGUAAAAACCUACAUCCUUUGCUGCAGGCAGGUGGGCUUGCAUAUAUGACACUGGCGGCUCCUAGAAUUUCAGAUGUAUGCAAGUGUCACAGAUGUUGUAGCAAGACUACAACACAUUUUAUAGCCAGUAGCAGUCAUUAUCAGCAGUAGUUUUCAUACAUGAAUGAUUGGAAUAGCUUUAUCCUUGUGCCUUGUUAUGGCAAUUUUGGGAUGGAAUCUUGAAAACAAGAGAAAAGGGAUCAUUUCAAUUUGUGGCAGUUUCCAGUUGAUUUAAGAAGGCAUGCCUUCGGCGCAAGAACCCAAGUUCCAAGACUGGAGACUGUAAUGACUCUGUGAUGUAAGAGUUAUAUCAAAGCUACAGUGCUACUGGUUUUUAUGCAGAUUUUUUUAUUCAGCUAUAUGUGGAUUGGUACCAAGAACAUGGUUUUCGUUGGUUUUAUGUUGCUGGAUAUUUUGGCAACUUUCAAAACAAGGCACUACUGUUAGAGAUCUGACUGUCACGAAAUGAAGAAACAACUUCGAGCAGUUCUUCUGAUUGUAGAAGAGGCGUAAGCUGAAGGCUAGGCAAUACAAACCUUUACCUGUCUCACAUCUUACACUUUAUGCUACCAGCAUUGAAAAAUAUUGCUUGUGUGCUAAAUUAUUAAGUAUUCUGAAGUGAGUUAUUUCCAAUACAUUGCUUGGAACUUGAAACAGCAGAAAGAUUGGAGAUCUAUACAAUUUAGUUAGAGGGAAAGAAGGACUUGAAAUGGCAUAUGAAAAAGCAUUUUCUUGGUUGAACAAUGUGUUUGGAUACGAAGAUCCAGCUCACCUGGACAAGUUAGAUGACUUCUCCAGUCUCAUAGAUGUGGAGGCAAGUUUAGCCUCUGAUGAACUGCUUCACCAGCUGCCACAGGAUUUAGAGCUGCCUAUGUUAGAAGAUGGUAUGAGUCCUGGAGAGUUGGGAGAGUUUGACUUUGGUCCAGACUGGAUGGAAACAGACGGGUUGAGAGACCCUGGGGAUAACAGCAGUGACAGUGGCAUCAGCAGUGUUAGUAUCAAACAAGAACCUUUCUCCCCUGCUCUGUCUCAUACCUCAGAUUGCUCUGGUGACUCCUUCCUUCAGCAGACCCCCCUUGAUCAGCUGCCAUUACUGAACCAGUUUGAUGUGAAGCUUGAGAGUCCUCCUCCAACUCCUCCCCAAGACAACAGUGACAGUGCAGUCCAGUAUAUACAGCCUUCAGCCAUUAGUUGUGGUGUCACAUUCCAGAAGGGGGCAGCAGCAGCAGCUCAACCCGCACACAGCAAGCCACACAUUACCACAGUAAAACUGACACAUGUAACGGGACUGAACCCAGACAGUAAGCCACUGCCAACCAAAGUUGUCAAUGUGUUGAAUUCUAAAGUGAAGAUACAGCCCAAGUUACCCAAUAGUUCUGCCUGUGUGACCCCUGCACCCUCCCCACCGCCACCAACGCCACCUGGUGUAGCACCUGGCUCACCCUGUGCAGGUAGUCAAGGCACAGCUGCCUCCAAACCCCUAGUUCUCACAGCUGAAGAGUUUGCCCGGCUUACUGCCCAGGGAGUACUGAAGUUCCAUCCCCCAGAGCAGGAGGCCAACAAGACCAACAGCUCAGUAGCACAGUGUAUCCCAGUACCACAGGGAGAGGAUCCAAGAGUUUGGAAACGACAACAGAGAAUGAUAAAGAAUAGAGAAUCUGCAAGCUUGUCAAGAAAAAGGAAAAAAGAGUACAUGACUACAAUAGAAAAUCAACUUCAAGAGAUUUCAAGAGAGAAUGAGAAACUCAGACAAGAGAACCAGAAUUUGAAAAGAAAACUUAGUUUAUUAAAUUCAGAGAACAUGGCAUUAAAGCGCAGCACAGGUUCAACAAAGGUGACAGCCACCUGCCUACUUACAGUUCUCUUCAUGUUUGCCCUCAAUUUGGGGCCCAUAAACAAUUUAGUAUUUAAAAGCUCAUCAGAAACCAGCCUAGCUGCCAUUCCAAUGAGUUCGGUCCAUCCUGGAGGUGGGCGCCAUCUAUUAACCUAUGAUGAAACUAUGCAGCAGCCCAUUAGUGGGAAGUAUUUCCCAAGGAGCAAAGCAAGCUUUGAAGACAUUGAGAGCACAUUAGCCGAACUGAAGAGGGGAUUUGAGAGAGAAAAGUUUUUCAGAAAAAAUAAAGACUUCAUUGCAUUUAAUAGUGAGCUGGAGUCCCUCUGUCCAGUGUACUUCAAUAAAACUGAAUCUCAAAGGUUGGCUAACGAGCUGACAGGGUGGGUCUUGGCACACAAAGAAGCCCAAAAGAAAAAGAAAAUUUUAGAAGAAGAAAACAUCAGGGAAAAGAAGGCUGUGGAGGCUAAGAACAGAAAACCUACCAGGAAGAAGUAUGUGAAACCAAAGACAUUGCACGCCAUGAUGAAAGGAGAUUUGGACAUUAAAUAUGCAAAGGAUAGUUACCCUGGCAGUAGCCAGUAUCAGGUUCAGGUCUUCAACAGCCCAGACAAGAGCUACAUGGAUUUCUUGGAUUCCAUUCACAGAAGAAAUGACACAUUUUACGUGGUGUCUUUUAGAAGGGAUCAUCUUCUCUUGCCAGCUGUGGCUCACAAUAAAACCAUGCGGCCCAGGAUGUCCCUGUUGAUGCCUGCACUGCCACUGAAUGAGACUAUGCAGCCCCCGCCAGGUGACAUGGCCAUGAUGCAGAUAGACUGUGAGGUGAUGAACACGCGACUCUUGCACAUCAAGAACACCGCUGUGCCGUCUUUUAUGAAAGAACCUCCCAGCAACGUGACGCACACUGUCGUAACAAACACGGAGACUCCAGACCAUUUGCCGCGAGAGGAAGUGAUUCCAUAAGAGAGACUGUUACGUACCUGAAGCUUUGAAGUACUUGUUGCUGUGAGGAAAAAAAGGCAAAAAGGGCAAAACGAGACUCAGGCAAAUUUCUGCAGUUUUUCAGUGUAGUCUUUUCAGGUUUGCUGUACAAUACCUCAGUGACAUUGUAAGUGCCUCGACAUUGUAAAAUUUGUAAAAAUAUUGGGUCAAGCAAAGCAUAGACCAGGUUAAUACUAUGACAGCUGUGAAGAUGUAAGUUGUGCUAUAGUAGAGGGAGAAUCUCUCUCACAGUUCACUGACCACAACAGUUGGUGAUUUCCCAUAAUAAUGGCAGCACAUUCCAUAUUGUAAAUAUCAUAGACUAGGUCUUUCUUUUUCUCUUUCUUUGUAUUAGAUUAGACAUUUUUUCAUUUUGUUUCAUUCUUGGAUAAUAGAAUGAUUGUGAAUUAAGUAUAAUUGUUUUCAUGAUUUCAUUUAUUUAUUAAUUAUUAGAAGAGUAAAUGCAAAAUUAGGCAAAGAUUUAGGCAAAGCAGUUAUUUUUUAAGUGAUGUCCAGGGCUCCAGAGACUUCUUGAGAUUUUGUAUCCAUUCAGGAUCCAGAAAUUUAGACAGGUGACAGAUUGCUCAGAGGUUCUGGUACAUCAUUCAUUAUACUCUCUUGAUAUAUGUGUCAUAUUUGUAUGUUUUUUUUUUUUUUUUUUUACAUAAGCCAUUUCAGUUUUGCAAGGCUAAUAUAUAGCGUUGAGUUAUAUCUAAAUCAUGGUGAAAAGUAAAGAAAUUAGAGAGGUGCAUGCUUAUGGAGGAGGAUUUUUUAUCUACUGGAUUCUCCUUUUUUCUGUUGUUUUUUCUUCCUGAAUUUUAUAUGUGGUAGACCUAUCCAUAUAAAUAUCCUUAUGUUUUCUAGUCCUUGGUUUCUAACAACCAGAUUUGACAAAUAGUUUGUUAGAGUUUUAUGAAAGAGCCCUUCAGUUUUUAUUUCUUUACAUUUUUAUACGGUGCAUAUAGUUAUAGAUUGUUGUUGUGUGGACUAAAGAUGCAUGAUGAAUUCAAGUUUUGUGGUCUUGUAAAGAUCUCAGAUGACAAAUCUUAUAAAUAUAACCAUUGAUAUUUAUGAAACGGUGUAUCAUAUUACAAUAUUGAUUCCUUCUGUGAGGGAAGACAAAUAAGAUUUUUUUAUUGUUGUUAUUAACAGUUGAGAAUAUCAUUUUAGUAGGAGUAAGAUAAUAACUUCAGAUGUAGGUGGAUGAUUAUUCGGGAUAAAUUAUUUGUAGUUUUUUGACAUAGUGUACUUUGUGCCUGGGAUAGUCUUCUUUUAGAUUGUAACUCAAGUCUUGUAAUUUACUUAUGUUUUUUUUAAUUAAUUUUGAUUAUGAAAUUUGAUGUGUAUUAUAUUGUUGUAAAUGGGUAGGGUGUAAUCAUGGUGAAAUUAUCUAUUUGUUUUUAUAUAUAUGCAUUAGAAUGUGUCUCAAAUGCAAGAUUUCAAAGUUGUCUCUGUAAAAACAUGUAAGUCUAUGUUCAGUAAAAUAUUGGAAUCUGUUUAAAGUGAAAAGAAGUAUC